AUGGAGACGAAUAUCCAUGGAGCCCAUGACGAUGGCUUCACCUGCGGACACGAUGCCUACGGCAACUACGACGAUGGCAAUGGCAGAGGAUAUGGUGAAUACGCCGGUGGUGGUGGUGGUGGUGGUGGUGGUGACCGUGCUUGCUACAACUGUGGCCAGGCAGGCCAUAGCAAAGCCGAGUGUACCGAGCCUCGCAAGGCGGGUGCAUGCUUCAACUGCGGCCAAGAAGGUCACUCCAAGGCCGAAUGCACCGAGCCUCGCAAGAUGGGCCCUUGCUUCAACUGUGGCGAAGAAGGUCACUCCAAGGCCGAAUGCACUAAGCCGCGCGUGUUCAAGGGUACCUGCCGUAUCUGCGAAAAGGAAGGUCACCCAGCUGUUGACUGUCCCGAGAGACCCCCCGAUGUCUGCAAGAACUGCCAGGCUCAAGGCCACAAGACCAUGGAAUGCAAGGAGAAUCGCAAGUUCGAUCUCAACCUCGUUGCUGACAUGCUUCCCCAUGAAGCCUGGGCUGCAAUGAAGAAAGCCAGUGACGAGAGGGAUCUUGAUGAUUUCCGAGAGGCACUCAAAAUCUACUCCAAGGCAGUCCCCCACGCCACCUGGGUGGACAUUGAGAAGAAGAUGAGAGAUGAUGAUUUCAACAUCUACAUCAUUGCUAUGACUGAAGUUGACGAUGUCAUGAGCCUUAUCGACCUUCAGGGAGUGCUUGACCGUGAGUACGUGAUUGGGUUCUUUUUCAGCCCCAAGGCGUCGCGUGGCCACCUCCGAGACCGGUGGCCUGCGGAUGCCGAGGAGAACCUCGAACGCAUGAACAACGCUGGUAUUCCCUACGAGCGCAAGGUGCCUAAGUGUCUGAACUGUGGAGAGUUGGGACAUAUCUCGCGCAGUUGCAAGGAGGAGCGCGCGGAGGGCAACGAGCGUGUGGAAAUCAAGUGCUCAAACUGUGAUGGGCUUGGACACCGUGUGCGCGAUUGCAGACAGCAGCGCAAGAACAAGCAUGGUUGCCGUAACUGCGGAUCUGUGGAGCAUAUUGCUUCUGACUGCACAGAGCCCCGAUCUGCGGAUGGUGUUGAAUGCCGUAAAUGCAACGAAACUGGCCAUUUUGCCAAAGAUUGCCCGAAUGUUGCUGAUCGUGGACCUCGCACCUGCCGCAAUUGCGGAUCCGAAGACCACAUUGCUCGCGAUUGUGAUCAUCCUCGUGACGUUUCCACUGUUACCUGCCGCAACUGUGAAAAGACCGGACAUUACUCUCGCGAUUGUGAUCAGCCGAAAGAUUGGUCGAAGGUUCAGUGCAAGAACUGCGGAGAAAUGGGUCACACCGUUGUCCGUUGCCGUCAGCCGCCAAAGGACGAGGAGCCUCAAGACAAACCUACCUUCUUCCCUGGCUCUCCUCAGCACGACGAACCUGAUCUGCUCGGCCCAGAGGGCGAAAAGCACGACGACGACGACAAAUGGUAA